AUGGAAGGCUCCAAGGAAAAAAUCAUCCUGAAUAUCGGAGGAGUCAGACAUGAGACAUACAGCAGCACCCUCCGGACCUUCCCAGGGACGAAGCUGUGCAGCCUCACAGAGCCCCAUGCCUCAAGCAUCUACGACUAUGAUCCCACCACCAAAGAGUUCUUUUUUGACAGGAGUGCUGAGAUCUUCAGCUACGUGUUGAACUAUUACAGGACGAAACAUUUCCACUGUCCCAUUGAUACCUGUAGGUCAGUCUUGGAAGAAGAGCUGGCUUUCUGGGAAAUCAAUGAGGCACAGCUUGCAUCCUGCUGCUGGCUGAAGCUGAAUAACAGAGAGGUGCAGCCAGAGGAGUUUAACAUUUUGGAUGAAAAUGAACAGACUGAUGACCAGUGUCUCAUAGUCCAGAUAGAAAGAAGGGAUUUGAGCUGGCGAUCCAGAUGGCAGCCAAAGAUUUGGUCUAUGUUUGAAAAACCCUUUUCCUCUUUCAGUGCUAAGUGCUUGGCUUUUGUUUCUCUGCUGUUCAUCGUUGGAAUUGUCAUCAUAUUCUGUGAGGAGACCAAGGCACAGUUUGAGUUCUUUACUGCAAACUUCACUUCUGUUGGCUAUUCUGAGAUCUCCCACAAUGACCAUGAACCCUAUUACCACCAGGCUGCCUACUUGCUUCAUCUGGAGCUUUUCUGUGUCCUCUGGUUUACUUUUGAGUUCUCUGUGCGAUUUUGUUUCUGCCCAGACAAGAAGUUGUUCUUCCAAAACCCCCUGAAUGUUGUUGACUUCCUCUCCCUCUUCCCAGUUUAUAUUGAACUCUUUGUGGCUGGGCAGAUUCAGAGAGUGCCAAGCCUGGGGCUCUGGUUGGGCUUUGUUCGAGUUAUCUAUCUCCUCAAACUCCUGAAGAUAUCCAAGUUGAUAGAAACGCCACUGAUCCUCAGGGUUCUGUGCUACACCCUCAAGUCUAUCCUCAGAGAGAUUUGCAUCCUGCUGAUGAUUUUGGCUUUUGAGACCCUCUUCUUUGGCUCUCUCUUUUUCUAUGGGGAGUUGCUGGGUAGCCAUCCCUCCUACACAGGGGAGCUGCACUUCACUGACAUUCUUGUUUGCUUCUGGUGGGCUUUGAUCACACUCACUACAGUUGGCUAUGGAGAUAUUAUCCCUCUCACCACAGCUGGCCAAGUGACAGCAGCCUUAGCGGCGGUAUUUGGCAUGUUAACUAUUAUCAUCCCAAUACCCAUUUUCCUGGUGAAGUUUAAAAACUAUUAUGACAUUGCUAUCUUCAAACAGAAGCUGAAAAGGAGCAAGAAACAUUAA